AUGUCUCAUUGUGUUCGUAAGUCUCCAUGGGGGUAAAAUGAUGCCACAGGGGGAAAUGCUCAGCCCUGACCCUUCAAAAACAAAAUGACUAUGCUUGUUGUUAGGAAGGCCAAUCAGAUCUCUCAUGCCCCCCAGUUUUAAUAAGCAACAUCAAUAAACAUGCAUGCAUACAAAAAGAAUGUUAUGCCUAGUCAUUUCAAUAAACAUAGGUGAUAGUAUCCAAUUUGCUGUGUGAAGUUUCCCUCCUGGUGAAAAUGUGAUCUCACAUUGGAGUAGUGCUCGGCUUUGUUUGUUAUCCAGCGUUUUCUGUCUUUUUCUGUUACCCUUUUCCCAGUGGACUGCCUGCCUCCCUGUCUCGCCUGUGAGGCUGUUCUUCUCUAAUAAGCCUAGCUGCAGGAUCAGUGUGUUCUUUUUGGCAUUUCAAAAUGUUAAAAUAGUGAAAUUGUUAAAUGUUACCAAGAUGAAACUGCUGGGAAUGAAAUUCUCCAGAAGAACCACUAUGUUUGUGGCAUAUUUCAGUGUAUUCCAAAAGAAAGCCCCUUGAAUUGGUUUACCUAUUUUUCUCAAGAAAGAAGCAGCCCACUUGAUUAGUGUUGAUAAGUGUUUAGUAUGCGGUGUCAGCUUAUUAAUUACUAACGCAAAGCUUGAAAAACUCUUUCAAAACACUGUAUGACAUCUUUCUGUGCUUUGACCCAGAAUUAACAUUAACCACCAGGAAACUUAGACAGGCUCCCUGGUUGUCUUGCAUAUUAGUGGUAGAGAUUAGAAUUGAAAUACUUUGCUGUAUAAGAAUAAACUGUUAUGAAAUGGAACUCCUAACAGCAGUUUACAGUUCACCACGCUUACCAAAUGUUUCUUCCCAGAAAACAGUUGGCCUAAUAAGAAAGGGGCUUAUUUCUUAUAAUUAGCUCUCCAGGAAUGCUGCAAAAAAAGUAAUAAAUUGAAUUUGGAAAUCCCGAACAACAUGUGAUGAAUAAAAUGAGAUUUGGUGAUAGCGUCUUGAAUUUGGCCAGUAAGCUGGAGCCUGUCCUUUAGGUUGCUGCCUGUAAUGUUCUUCUAGGGGGUAAUUAUGUUAGCUCAGUUGCAUGAAGAACACAGAUGAGAGCUUUCAUUCCUGCAAAAAAGGAUGCUGUGUCUCCACCAGUGUAAGUCUGUCUCUUCUAUUUUUGUAUUCAUCACUUUCUAAUUGAACCAACAAAUUAGAUGAAACCAGCAUUUGGGUUUAAAUUAUUUAUAAUUCUGUUUUUCACUCUGCAACAACCUGACCCAGCAGUGUGUGGAAGACUGUGCUGAGACCAGACUUAUGUUUUGCACAUCUACAUUUUGAGGGACCAUAAGCUCUGCCGAUUUUUUUUUCUUGACUGAAAAUUGGUAAAGAAGUUAAAGAAUAAGAGGAAAUCAAAAGCAAUUGAUGUACUUUAUAUUAGCAUAAUUUUAACUUCAUACCACCCCUCCCCCCCAUAUCUCCUGCUCUUUCCUAAUCCUUAUCUGUAAUAAUGUUAACUUUAUAAUUCCAUGAAUGCUGUUUCUGAGGGGUGGAGGAAUUUAACUUUGCCACUGAAUUGCUAUCAACUGUUCUGAUAACCAUUUAAUUAGAUCAGAUUAACUUUAUGACUUAUUAUAUAGGUCAACUUAGGUUUCUCUCAGUUAUAUUCUGGACUAAAAGAAACAGUAAAUGUCAUUUGGAAUCUAUAAUAUCAAAUUAUAUGCUGCAUAAUUUUAGGUGAUUGGAUAUAUAAACAUACUUUUAUACAUAGAUAUGAACAAACUUUUUCAUAGAUGUAUAUCAUGACCAAAAGAAAAUUAGAUAUCUUGCCUUUAUAUAUUUGGACAUACUUGAACAUAUAAUUUAGGUUUUAAAUAAGUAUUAUAGAUUUGGGGAAGUGUCCAAAUUCAGAGAAGGUGUGCAGUUGGACACUAAAGACUCAAGGCAAAGGGAUGUAUCCACCUUGAAUCAAAACAAGGCUGUUUUUGUUUUCCACCGUAGUGGAACAGUGUUUCAGUCCCAGGUGUUUUAAGAAUCUUGUGAAAAUGCCAGGAUGGGCAUAACCACAUUUGGUCAUGGUUUUAUCAUAAACACUAAUUGAUGGGUUUAACACAGUUUUCACCAAUCUUGCUAACUGCUUAUUAUUUGAGGGAAAAAAGUUGGGAGAAAGUUGGAAGAAAAUAUACAGUUAUGACUGCAUCAAAAAAUGCAUAUUAACAUAGUAAUAUUUGUUACACAUAACAAAUUGUAAUGCUAUCAGAAAUAAGUUACAGCUAUAAGAAAUUUGUGAGGCCUGAAAAAGGGAGGGUUAUGUUCAGUGGUUUUUGUGCCUUUCUCUUGAUACUAUUCAAAUGGUUUGAUGUUAGAUGAACUUCUAUCUCAAACAGGGCUGCAUGGAUAAUACAGAAGUUAGGACAUAUCAACAAUAGGUCAAAACCAUCAUUGAAGUAAUGAUGAACUUCAUCAUUAUGAACUUCUAGUUCAUAACAUAAAACAUUUGCCAAAAUUUUUCCUGGGUCAUGUUUCUUCAAUGAAUAGGCAUCUCAUAAAAAAAUAAAGCACUACACUUGAUUAUAAUUGUUUUUUCUAGGACAUUCUUAUCUAGUUUUCAUUGAUAUUUUCCAUACAGAUUAUUAAUGUAUAAUUUGGGGAUAUCCUCUAAUUUAAAAGUUUCAUUUGGACAGGUUAAUUGCAUAACUUAGUGGCCAUGGGAUUCUUGAAGUUCAUAGUUGUGUUUAUGUAGGUGUUUGAGGGAAGGACUGUUGACUCACCAGACCUGAGCGAAUGGGCCUGGCAGAGUCACCACAGUUGCUCCAGAAUGCUGUGAGUUCUGUUUUAUCCCAGCUGGUGGAAUUUUCAUACCUGCACUUUAGGAAAGCUUUCGAAGUUUUUCUUUUGUUUGUUUGUUUUGUUUUGUUUUUGAAUAUGUGAGUUGAGACUGGUCAGGUAGGAAUCAAUAUUUUUUAGCUAACUCUUUUUUUUAGCUAAUUCUCUUUUAACCCACUGUGUCAUAGCAUUAUAUUCUGUAUUUUUGAGUAAGAUUCCUAGAUUUUGUAUUUUUAAAUGCAACAAGGGAUGCAAGUUCCCUUUUAUCCUAGACACAGAUGGCAAAUCAUUUUCCCCUAAGCAUACAAUAUUUUAUCUAAUGUCUUAUUUUUCUACUCUAAUUUAGAUUCAUAAUUGUUUAGAGUUUGUAUUUGUUGACUAAAAAUUUGAUAUCUUUUGACUUGACUCCUUACCACCAAUAUCAAUUCUGAGUAGCAUUUUUAAUAAUUUUUAACUUCAGGCAAUAAAAUGCAGUAUAGCUACCUAAAUUUGGCAGUGUAAUAUCUAUUUUUUUAAAUUCCUAUUAGCAAAUUCUAUGCUAUUGCUUUUUAAAGAAAAGCAGAGGCAUUUUUCAAAGAUGUGCCAGGCAAUCUGCUGUGGUAGUUGGACAUGCUGGCAAAUGCUUCCACAAACUGUGUAUGUCAAUAAUAUAUUUAAAUAUAAUUAAAAUAACAUGCAAUUAGGAAAUUAUGUUUGUCAAAGUUUAUGUUUAAAUGGGAGGGUUCCCCUCUGUUCCUCAUCAUUUCUUCAUCCAUUAUUUUAGACCAUAUAUUUAGAGAAGAGAAUUGGAAUCAAUAUGAGUUCUAUGAAUUGUUAUAAGGAGUUUAACAUUUAAAUGGGUGAUAAAUUCCACCAUGCUUCUUAACAAAAUGUCUACUCUCACAUAUAAACACUCAUACUAGGAAGUUUUCUAAUGCUGUUUUCCGCUGGUCAAGAGGCUAAAAAUGAUGUUUUUAGUACAGCAAGUGAACCAACAUCAUAGGUCAUAUGCCUUUGUCACUCUUGCUUGCUUUUAACUCAGCUAUGUUUAAAAAUAAAUCAAUUUGACUUAUUUUUACAAGAGAGACUUAAUUCAAUGCCACUCUGAUCUGUGUAUUUUGGUUUAUUCCUAUGUAGAUUGUUAAAUGGACCAGAUUUUCAACUAAUUUUAAUGCAUUGCUACCAGAAUUUGUAAAUGUUUUCUCCAGCUUUUAUGUAAGUUGUGGUGAGCAAGCAAUAUGUGUGUGGAGAAAAAGGAAAACUGAACAACUUGACAUAUAACCAAAGACUCUCUGCUGCCAGUGUCUUUCUCAGUCAUUUUGAGUGUGGCCUAAUUGAAGACAGAGGUUAUGAAGUCGAUCCUGGAUGGCCUUGCAGACACCACCUUCCGCACCAUCACCACAGACCUCCUCUACGUGGGCUCGAAUGACAUUCAGUACGAAGAUAUCAAAGGCGACAUGGCAUCCAAAUUAGGGUACUUCCCACAGAAAUUUCCUCUAACUUCUUUUAGGGGAAGUCCUUUCCAAGAAAAGAUGACUGCAGGAGACAACCCCCAGUUAGUCCCAGCAGACCAGGUGAACAUCACCGAAUUUUACAACAAGUCUCUUUCAUCGUACAAGGAGAAUGAGAACAUUCAGUGUGGGGAGAACUUCAUGGACAUGGAGUGCUUCAUGAUCCUGAACCCCAGUCAGCAGCUGGCCAUCGCUGUGCUGUCCCUCACGCUGGGCACCUUCACAGUCCUGGAGAACCUGCUUGUGCUGUGCGUCAUCCUCCACUCCCGCAGCCUUCGCUGCAGGCCUUCAUACCAUUUCAUCGGCAGCCUGGCAGUGGCAGACCUCCUGGGGAGUGUCAUCUUUGUCUACAGCUUCGUUGAUUUCCACGUGUUCCACCGCAAAGAUAGCCCUAAUGUGUUUCUGUUCAAACUGGGUGGUGUCACAGCCUCCUUCACCGCCUCAGUGGGCAGCCUGUUCCUCACAGCCAUUGACAGGUACAUAUCUAUUCACAGGCCCCUGGCCUAUAAGAGAAUUGUCACCAGGCCCAAGGCUGUGGUGGCAUUUUGCCUGAUGUGGACCAUAGCCAUUGUGAUCGCUGUGCUGCCUCUCCUGGGCUGGAACUGCAAAAAACUGCAGUCUGUUUGCUCAGACAUUUUCCCGCUCAUUGAUGAAACCUACCUGAUGUUCUGGAUCGGUGUCACCAGUGUGCUGCUGCUGUUCAUCGUGUAUGCAUACAUGUACAUUCUCUGGAAGGCUCACAGCCAUGCAGUCCGCAUGAUUCAGCGUGGCACCCAGAAGAGCAUCAUCAUCCACACAUCAGAGGAUGGCAAGGUGCAGGUGACCCGGCCAGACCAAGCCCGCAUGGACAUUAGGCUGGCCAAGACCCUGGUCCUCAUCCUGGUGGUUUUAAUCAUCUGCUGGGGCCCUCUGCUUGCGAUCAUGGUGUAUGAUGUCUUUGGGAAGAUGAACAAGCUCAUUAAGACGGUGUUUGCCUUCUGCAGUAUGCUCUGCCUGCUGAACUCCACCGUGAACCCCAUUAUCUACGCUCUCAGGAGCAAGGACCUGAGGCAUGCUUUCCGGAGCAUGUUCCCCUCAUGUGAAGGCACCGCACAACCUCUUGAUAACAGCAUGGGAGAGUCGGACUGCCUGCACAAACACGCAAACAACACAGCCAGUGUUCACAGGGCUACGGAAAGCUGCAUCAAGAGCACGGUCAAGAUCGCCAAGGUGACCAUGUCUGUGUCUACAGACACAUCUGCCGAGGCUGUGUGAGCCUGACACCUCCUGGGUAGCACAGGAAAAGAAAUUCUUUUUUUUUUUUAAAGCUCAAAAUCUAGAAGAGUCUGUCCUUAUCGGUUAUCAUUUUUAACUUCAUCAUGCUUACUGAAAAGGUGAUUUUCACCAUGAUCAGUUGUCUGUUCUCUAAUGUUUUGGUAGUGUAGAUUCUCAAACUCCAUUCUCCAGGGAUUUACAGUGAAGAAAGCCCAUUUCCUAAGUGACUGGAAGGUCCUUCAAAGUCUCAAUGAAGUAGGAGGGAAACCUUCUGCCACACAAUUUGAAGUCUAAGUACCACAAGAAAAAUGCCAUCAAACGAAUAAUGCCUUUGUAACCACACUUUCAUUGUAAUGUGAAAUGUAUUUGUCCAUCAGUGUCAGAACUGUUUAUAUUGAUAACAGUUAUAGAACUAAAGUAGAGCUAUUUUGUGAAGUGUACUGAGUCCUGUGAGAUGUGUAUCAGUGUUUACUAUGUGUUGUUUAUAUUUGUUUAGUUCAGCAAAACUGAAAAGUAGAAUUUUAUGAAAACAAUGGACAUAAGCAGUGGAUAUAUGCCAACAAGACCACUUUUUAAAAGAGUAUUGCUCAUAAUAUAACUUUAGAAACUUUAAUAUUUUUUCAAACAUCUCUAUUUAAAUUUGACAUUGGCAACAACCACAAAGGUUUAUUUUUUCUGUUAAUUCAACAAGAAGAAUUUGAAGACUCUCCAAAGUACUGAGCAGAAUUCAUUGACACUUAAACAUUUAUGAGCUCUGCAUUUUCACAUAAGGACAUUUAUUCCCUUCUGUAUUAAAGCUGUUCUCUUGGGUGAUGGAUUACAGUUAGAAUGGAAGAGAGAAGGCAUAUUGACUUUUUCUGGCUGACUUUCUUUAGUCUCCAGCUAUUACUGGACCUCUUAAGACAGCAUGUGUCAAUCUCAAUGUAUAUUGUUAUCACUGUGCAAUUGCUGUUUACUUGAAAAAUAUUGUAUUCUUAUAUUCCAGGUUUAAGUAGAUUUCAUGCCUGGGUGGCCAAACAGCAGUUUUCAUUUUUUCUUAAUUGAAAAGAAGUAUUGUCUGGAUCAGUAAAAUUAUUCUGUGUAAGUGUGAAUAUAAAUGUGUAUGUGUGUGUUUCUAUGCUGUAACUGUUAUAGUAAUGUCAUAAAGUGAGAAAACUGUGACCAAGUAUAAACUGUACCAUUGCUGCACUCUUGUACAUGAAUUCAGUUUCUAAAAUUGAACUCAUUCAGAAAUCUUGUUGAUAACAUACUGACGAUAAGCAUUCAGAACUCUCCCCCUGACCCCUGUCUUUCAGAGGUUGUGUUAAGUAUUACUAAAUCGACCUUUAGGUAUUCCAUAAGACCAGUGUUUAGGAAGGAAUAAUCAGUAGUGAAUUCAAGUGAAGGUCUGUAUUUACAUUAUUAAUGUCAGGAAAUGAGAGUGUUUUGGUUUCUGAGCACCUAAUAUGGUCCAUGGAGAUGUAAGUCAUUAUAAGCAAAUUGACCCUAAAAAAUCUUCAGUGAAAACAUUUUUCAGUUGUGUUUAUAAGCAGUGUGACCCCAGUUUAAUUAACACUAGACACGGUUUGCUGAAAGUUAGAUGGCCAGGUCUAGCCCAUGUGGCUAUGGAGGAUGAUCAGACCUCCUGUGCAUGAGACAGAAAAGGGCAAUGAGGAGCUGACACACUCAUGGUUGAGGCCUGGAUGACAUAGGACUCCUUCUGUGCUUCACCCAGAUGCCCUUGGGGACAACCCAGCACCCAGCUUUGUCUGUGUAGGUUUGAGCUAAGGAAUAGCCUCUUGUCUGGUCUUGGUUACCAAGACCUGCUAUAGCAUGAAGAUGAUCAUGGCUCUCUUGCCUCUUAUGCCCUAUUCUGUUAUUUCUUAAUGGUUCCAUGGGUGCUAAGAAUUAGGCCCUUUCCCAGUAUGCACUGAUAUUGCUUAAGAAACCACUUGACUCUGAGUAACUUUACCUAUAAUUUCCUCAUACAGAUACAGCAUGGCUCCUGCAGAAUCCAGAGGCCUGCAUAGCAUGAAGUGAAGUGGAGAGCUAGUAUUUUUGGUAGCUUUUUUAGGUAUUUGGAUACCUGCUCAGCAUGGUGGAGUCUUCUUGCAGUGUAUGGUCUAAGGCCAAAAGUGGCCUGUGGACCAAGCAGAGAUACUUAUACUCAUCUGUCUGUACAACUCAAAUCCACCUGCUGGUUCCCUUACUUUACUUUCUGUGAUAUGCACACGAGGGCUCAGGUUGCUAGAGGAUUAACAGGAUCUCAUUAGAAGAAGGAGAAAAGAUUCUUUAUGAAAAAACUCACCAGGGCCUCAUUUUCAUUUUAGAAAUGCCACUCUUUUGUCUCACAUUACCCUGAAUAUUAAUCCGCAUGUCUCAGAGCUUACCAGGCAGUACCAACUUUCUUCUCACAGAGGUGAAAACCUGGUGAAAAUGAAAUUCUAGUUAUUGGGUAGAAAAAAACAACAACUCUGGAUUCGUUUUUGAAACCGUAUUUGUGUGUAUGCAAUGUAGACUUGAUUGUGUGUUGUGCUUUCAAGAUCUAAAUCACAUGUAAUCAAAUAAGGGACCAUGGGGCUGACAGCACUACACUUGGUGCUCACUGACAUUCUAAGAAAUAUCUGUGAAAUAUCAUCAUGUAUGUGUUAUGCCACCUUCAUCUGAAAGCAUUUGAAUUAGUUUGAUUUACUUUGACACUUCUAAUAUCAUUUCCUAAUCCGGGUCAUUCAAAUGUUCUCCCCAUGAAUAUGCUCGUUACAGUUACCAUUUAUUAGUAUCAUUCAUUAAUUAGUCUCUCAAUUAGACCUAUUAAUUUAAACAUAAUUUAGAUUCUAAUAAGCUUUUAAAAGUCCAGCUUCAGACUGAUCUCCUUUCCUCUGAGGGUAACACAUUUGUCUUGACCUUGCCCUCUAUCUACCAUCACAUGUCUUCAGAAAGGGCCAAAUUUCCAACCUGCUCAAUUUCAUCAGAGCAAUGAUGCAUCUUUCAGUCUUAGGCCAAUAGUUUUAUUUAGACAAGAAGGGCUGCCUCUGAGAACCUCUAAUUUUCAUUCCAUAUGAAAUAUGAGUAAAAGAAACAUGGAUCUGGAAGAAGCCUCCCCAUCACUUUGAGUCAAGUCUAUCUGGUGCGAGGGUCAAGGUACUUUGACCGCGUAAACUCACCCUGCAGAAAAUAGGCCCGAACACCACAUGAGAAUUAGGCCCUGGAUGAGUAGCAUUCUCGUUACUGUCCUAAUGAUUAAUUUAUGCCAUUCCAUGUUUGUAAUGGAGACCACUGAUACCAUGCACAAAAUUAGAUUUCUCAGAAUCUAACUGUAUAUUUGUAAGAUAUUUUAAAAUCUCCUAAAUGCUGGGCAAUGGCUCUUAACAAUUGUCUUGCACUGGCCUUCUGAUGAAAUGUUAACAAUGCCUAUUGUAAUAUAGACAAAACAUCUUAUCUACUGAUUUAGGCUGAAUGUAUGUAAAUAGGUUUUCGAAAACGUCAGAUGUUUAAGCAGUGGCCUACAAAUCAGUAGUUUUGGGGUAGAAAAGUUUCUUUACAUUGCUGUGGCAUCCUAAAAGCUAUCUUCAUGUAAAUUUAGUACACUAGGCCUGCUGGGGGUUGGAGUCCCCAAGAGAGGAAGCCUUUUCUUGUAAUAAUAUAAAUGAAGAUACUAGAUCAUCUAGAUUUUAACUUCCAAUGUUUCAAGUGGAAAACAAUUCUUUAUUGUCUGUAAAUCUAACAUUAUUACUUCUCUUAGAAGAAUAUUGUAUUGUUAGAUGUUUGUUGAGCUGGUAACAUCCUUGCAACUGCUGUAAUUUCUUUGUUAGUAAUCUGUAUAAUAUUUUGUACACAAGUACCAGUAAGAUUGUUAUUCACUGUAGCUUCAGUCAUUAAAUUACUAUAGCAAAGUAGUACUUCUGUAAUACUUACACUGUAUUCAGCCCCCACUGUAUUUUAUUUCAAUGAUGUAAUUAAAGUGUUAUUUACAAAAUUGUUAUAAAUUAAUUACAAAAGAGAAAACAUCCCAUUGUGUCUAUUGUCCAAAGUUACCUGGAAUCAAAUAAAAAUUCUAGAUUAUCAUGAAGAACAUAAAA